GGUAUGUGGUCUACCUGGCCGCCUCUGCCACCGGGGGAAGCCGGUCUUUGCUCGGAAAUGUCACGGUUGGGGCCAACUCCUUCGACAUCUCAGCUGACUUCCCUUUAGAAAACUACACCCACGUGCUGGUCUACACGAGGUCGGACUUUGGCGAAUCCUCCAUACCAGAAGCAGUGCCUGUCGUCGAUGUGUUCUCUCGCGUCACUGACCUCGACUUCGUGGACAAGGACCUCGACGCAGAGCAGCUUGGUGGAUUCGUUCGCUGGAUCGCACCGGCGGAUGCGUCGCAGGUUCGGGCCUCAGGCCGAUGCAGGCCCAACCCGUCGAAGCUCGGUGUUGUCGGUGUUGCUGUGCUACCGGCCUCACGAAAAAGGUUCUCGCACAGUGGCUAG